AUGGACACUGAACGACAGACUAGCCCCACUCCCUCCUCCACUCAUAAUGACAUCGAAGACGAGGCUAUCUUGGUUCCCAGCGAAACCGACGAGAUUCUUGAAGACUUUAUGUACCAACUCGAUACCAACAUCUCGAGAAACGAAUCGCUUCGCCAAUACGAAGAUCUCUUUCAGACCGCCAGGAACUCUAUUUAUAGUGCUGUACAAUCAGAAGUCAAAUCAACCUUGAAGGCGGAAGUGGCGAGUAGAAGGCGAGAGGGGAGGACGGCUGAAGGCUCGAUGAAAAGUGUGGAGGUGUGUCCGAAGACUGUGGGGGUGGAUAGUGAUCUGCGUAUACAAUUCAAGGGCCUGUCGGUCUAUGGAGAAGGCUGGUCUGGGGAGCAAACGUUCUUCGAUCUGAGUAUCGAGCCUUGA